AUGGCACGUCUCAGUCCUUACAAUCAACAGAAUACAAUGAACAAUACUCUUUUCAUUCUUGUAGGUGGUCCUGGUGGAUCCGGUUGGGGUGUUAUUCCAUAUGUAGAUAUUCCUUUUCCACCUGCGUAUGGCAUAACUAUAAUACUGCCUGAUCAUCGUGGUGUUGGACUAUCAACUCCUUUGAGUUGUGAUGAGUAUGGUUCGCAAAAUAUAACUGCUGAUUGUAUUUCCUAUCUUACUUCGAAAUGGGAUAUCGAAGGUUUGAAUCAAUUUUCUAUAACAGCAGCGGCACAUGACUUAUCAGUUCAAAUUCGAUUUUUUCAAUCGAUUGUUUCUGGUCGAGUGUCCAUCUAUAGUUUUAGCUAUGGAACAGUAUGGCUCGAUCGUUUUCUUCAAAUCUAUCCAAAUUUGGUUCAGUCAGCUAUUAUGGACAGUGUUGUCAACCCGCAACUCUUCUCUAUGAGUCGUUAUAAUCUUUGGACAUCAUUCGUUGCCACACGAUUUUUAGCUUAUUGUCAAUUUCAAUCAGAAUGUAAUCGAUAUUUUCCAGCUGAUGAGCCACCUCAAAUCAUGCUAUCCAGAAUACUUAAGGAAUUGGCUAGAAAUAAUCAACGUUGUGUCAAUGAGUAUUUUUCACAAUAUCAUUUGACUGAUAAAAAGCUUCGUAGUUUAUUCUUCGACAUGAUGUCAUCGAAUCAGUUGUUUUAUGAUGGCACUGUUAUACCGGCCAUCUUAUUUCGUUUGAAUCAAAGCACAAGCGGGAGCAACCCAAAUUUUUCACCACUUUUCGGAUCUCUCGUGCUUGGUUAUAAUAUUAUUCAAUCGGAACUUUGGCUAGGUAAAGAUGAAGACGAAGUUGAUGAAGAAACGAUUUUAGCUUGGCAUUCCUCAACUUUAAUAGCUGCAGACAACCCGACAUAUUAUACAGCUUUGAGAUCUAAAUGGCCCAAAUAUCCUUUAGAUGAAUAUCAUCAUAAAGUGGCUACCAAUUCAACUGUUUUGAUGUUAUCGAGUCAACUUGAUCCGGCAGCAAAUGUUGACUAUGCCAUUCAUCUGGGAACAAUGACAGCUAAAACGCGAACACUUUAUGUUUUUCCAUUGAUUGGCCAUAUUACUAUCACUGUAGCAAUAUUUGGCUACCAAUGUCCACUAAAGCUAAUGUGUUCAUGGGCGUUUCCCGAUUUAUUUCCAUCAGAAUGGAGUGAUCCCGGCUGCAUUCAAGAGUUUCCUACGACAAUAGAUUUUGUGGGAGCUCAUGAGGAAGGAAGACUUUUCUCGAUGAAAUAUUUGAAUAUAUCGAGACCUUUUGAUAACCUUAAUUCAAAUACUCUUUCGAGUUCAAGUAUCCGUUCAACAGUUGCAGAUGGUUUUUUUCAUUUAUUUGCCACUAAUUUUUCUAGCUUUACUCAUCGAGAUCGAGUACACAAUUUAAAAUAA